UGCAGCUGUUGACCAAUCAGAAAACUCCACGAUCGGUAUUGGCGAGCCCAGUCAACGUGGGUCGUUUCCACGCAAAAUACAUACAGAGGUAUUGACUUGUUCAUUCAAUCUCGCAAAACCGGUUGGUGAUAGACGUGCACAACAUGUUAGGUUGGUCGUUGUAUGCUGUGUCGCUAGUGGCGACGGUGUCCUGCCUGUACUCCCCAUCAGAUGAUGUUGUCCAGGUGACUGAAUCCAGUUUCGACAGGGAGGUGAAAAACUACGAUGGAAUUGUACUUGUGGAAUUCUAUGCUCCUUGGUGUGGACAUUGCCGCAGCUUGGUUCCAGAGUGGAAGAAGGCUGCUAAGGCUCUUAAGGGGGUGGUAAAGGUGGCUGCUGUUGAUGCUGAUGAACACAAGAGUCUUGGAGGUCAAUAUGGCAUCCGUGGUUUCCCAACAAUCAAAAUCUUUGGGGCCAACAAGAACAGUCCCUCUGAUUAUAAUGGUGGUCGUGAUGCUCAGAGUAUUGUUAACGAGGGUUUGAGUCAGGUGAAGAGUCUCGUGAAUGCCCGUCUCAGUGGCAAGUCUGGCGGUGGUAGCAGUGGCGGCAGUGGUGGCAAGCCUGGAAACCCUGAUGAUGUUGUUGAGCUCACAGACAAUAAUUUUGAGGAGAUGGUGCUGAAGAGUGACGAUAUGUGGCUGGUGGAAUUCUUUGCCCCCUGGUGUGGACAUUGCAAGAGCCUUGCCCCUCACUGGGCUCAAGCUGCCACCUCUCUCAAGGGCAAGGUCAAGUUGGGUGCUCUUGAUGCAACAGUUCACACUGUCAUGGCAAGCAGAUACGGAAUACAAGGCUUCCCAACCAUCAAGAUGUUCCCAAAGGGUAAGAAGGAUGGUGCAGAAGAGUAUGAUGGUGGGCGCACAGCAUCAGACAUUAUCGCCUGGGCAACAGAAAAGGCUGCUGCCAACGUCGCUCCCCCUGAAGUGGUUCAGGUGACGAAUGCGCAGGUGUUGAAGGACAACUGUGAGAACCAUCAGCUGUGCAUCAUUGCUAUCCUUCCUCACAUCCUGGACUGUCAGUCCAAGUGCCUCAACGAUUACAUCUCCAUUCUCACACGACUUGGCGAAAAGUACAAGAGAAAUCAAUGGGGAUGGGUGUGGGCCGAGGCAGCUGCUCAGACAGCUAUGGAGGAAGCUUUUGGAAUUGGCGGCUUUGGAUACCCUGCAUUGGCAGCUGCAAACAGCCGCAAGAUGAAGUACUCCUGGCUUAAGGGACCAUUCAGUGAACAGGGAAUAAAUGAGUUCCUCAGGGAGCUUUCAUUUGGCCGUGGAUCCACAGCCCCAAUUAAGAAUGCCAAGCUGCCUGCUAUUGUAGACUCAGAACCCUGGGAUGGAAAGGAUGGAGAGCUCCCAGUUGAAGAUGAUAUAGAUCUGAGCGAUGUAGAACUUGACGAUUUGGACAAGGAUGAAUUGUGAUGCGUCGGUCAAGGGAGACAAUCAGUGUGGGAUAUGAAAGCGUGACAUGCAGCUGCAGCCAACACUCCAAGCUACAGGGAAAAUCCAUGAUCCAACUAACUUUGACAUGAGAAAAUUAUGAGCUAAAAAAGCAGUUUUGAGGAAAUACAUAAAUUUGACAACUGUAAAUAUUUGAAUGAAUCAUUAAUUUAAUGACCUUUGUUGCUUUUGUGACAUGAAAGAAGGUUCUGUGCAGCUAAACUGAAGCCUGAUACACUAGGCUGUUUGGAUGACGUGUGUGAAGAAAUAUAUCAAAUGUUUGAGAAUGCUUGAAUAUAUGUGUGAAACUGCGUGCCCAUCUCAGUUUGCUGAUACCUGUACAUCACAAACCAACACUGUUAACAGUUUCGUGAAUAUUUCAGUUGUUCAUUGAGAAAUGAAUCUAUUCAGCUUUUAAUUCUUUGGUGCAAUUUUAUGUAAAGCUGUGGAUUUGCCAGGUUAUACAUUUGUUAUUUCUUGAUUUUGUUUUUGAAUCUGAUUUUAGAUCAAUGACAGCACAGAUUACUUAUUUCAUACACUGAUGAACAUACUUAAGAUCGGUAAAAUUUGAUGCUGUUCGACACAAUGGCUAGAGUUCUUUUAACAUUAUGUUAACAAUACGGUAGUAUGGUUUCAAAACAGUUACGAUGUCCAGAAUUUACAGUUCAAUUUUUGAGAAGUCUGCAGGUUAUGUGAAUGAACUGGUAUUGAGAACAACCUCACUCGACAUGGUUUGAUGUUCAGUUGUACAAAAUUUGUAUUGUUCUUUGUGGGUUUAAAUGUUACAAAACACUUUUUACACGAGAGGAAGUCGACAAGUGUGACAUUACCUACUGUUUGAACCAGCACGUAUACUCUUACUGUGACAACGAAAUUGUGUGAACAGAUUUCUCUUGUGACACAUGGAAAAUGUGUCAUUCGAUUCUAGGUCUACCUUGUGUGUAAUAAAAGCCAGUCUCAUCCUUCACUUAUUCUGCAUAACUUAGCUGAGAUUUAGAACUGGUUAAGGUCUCAUAAAUCCAUUAUCUGUUCAUAAGUCCUCAAUGUAUACUAUCUUCAACACUUCAAACAUUUGAAUAAUUACAACAGAUUUGCAUCUAUUUUGUUCAUGUACAUGUUUCAUCAAUAAUAAACCUAUUUAUAAUA